AUGCAAAACAGCGAAUCAAAACGAGUUUUGGAUUUGUUGGAGGAAGUAGAAAUUUUACAAACACAAAUUGGAGAAGGCCUCGAGAAAUCGAAUGAACAAGCUAGUCUCGAGAUAGCAAAGUACGAUCGCUUACAAGAAGAUGUGGCGAAGUAUGUUGACACCCUUCAUCUGAUCUCUCAGAAUAUGAUUGAAAUAUGCGAACGUCUGAAUGUCUUAAACGAUCGCAUCGGACCACGCCCCCUCCAUCUUGUUUCCUUUUGUGGAAAAUUCUCUGAAAGCAGUGGACGUUAUGUGAUGCUGCUUGCCAUAGUACUAGCAAUUUUACAUGUGAUAGAUGCCCUAAUAUGUUUACAAUGUGAUGGUCGAAAUUUCAGUCACGGGUUGAAGAUAUCUGUAGACGAGUGUUGCCAUGUGUCUCUGGCAGUGUGUUCUGAAGGGCAAGUAUGUCUCAGAGCUUUCGUGUCCUCCCCUCAUAAGAAAUUCUUUCUCUCCGGCUGUCAUAAACCGGAAGAUCGAUUAAUAGGCUGUGACACUCACAAUUUGCCUAUGAACGCCACUGUUCAUCGUUGUGCUUGUAAAGACUCGAAAUGUCAGAUGCAUUUCCCAGGCACUUGCACUUCAUCCAGAAAAACGUCAUCCCAUGUCAAGCAUUAUCACAGAGAUCAUUACCAUUUAACUAAUAAUUCUUCGAGUCAUAACUCUAAACAUAGUCAAAAGCACUACCACAAUCGUCAUUCUAUUGCGACAUCGACCGUUUCUUCCUUUCUUAUUCGCGAGCUCUCUCCAUCCUCUUCCACUUCUAAUGUUAAUCCAUCCUUACCUGAUAAAUCUAGUCUUGAAAUAUCUGGAAAACAUCCCGAAAUGUUAUCUCAUUCAACGGCGAAUCAUUCUUCAUCGUGUAAGUAUUUCAUUGUUUUCAUAAUUGUUUGUUUUGCUUAUUAUUAG